AUGUCUGUGUUACUUGAGACGUCGCUGGGUGACAUCAUUAUCGAUUUGUAUACGGAAGACUGUCCUCUAAGUUGCCUCAACUUCCUGAAAUUAUGCAGAGUGAAGUAUUACAAUGAUUCCAAGAUCCACCGUGUAGAGGAGGACUUUAUCGCUGCCACUGGGUACCAUCGUAAUGCCAAGAUUUACGAAGGUGGCGGUGAGACAAUAUGGGGGCGGAUGAACUAUUGGGGCACAUCUGCCGUCGAUGUGAAAGAUGAGGGAGAUUGGUACGGGAAGGCUCGGCCGGAGAAUUUGACGAAGUAUUUCCCAGACGAAAUACUGCCGAAGCAUAUCCAUGAUCGUAAGGGAUUGGUUGCCACGGCAAAUGAAGGUUACAAUGAGAAUGGAAGUGCAUUUUACUUCACCUUGAGCAGUAAGGUGAGUAGUCUUGAUCGGAAGCACACGAUUUUCGGUGAAGUUGUCGAAGGUUUAGACAUUUUGGAAAAGCUGAACAAAGUUCCCACCGAUGAUCAGGGCCGACCUCUACAAACCAUACGGAUACGACACACGCUGGUGCUCGAAGAUCCCUACCCAGACUCGGCUGUACCCGGGUUCCCGGCUAAAAUCCCCGAUAGUCCCAAUCCCAUAGAUGACACAAUAUACGAACGUAUUGAAACAGCAGAAGACGAACUGAGAUUGCUCGACAAAAUCAGAUCCAACGAAGCCAGGUCGCAGGCCGUCGCGUUGGAGAUUUUAGGGGACAUCGAUGACGCUGAUGAAAAACCACCCGAAAAUAUAAUAUUCGUCUGCAAACUCAAUCCCUUUACAGAAGAUGACGAUCUCAAAACCAUUUUCGAACAAUUUGGACCCGUACGCAGUUGUAAUAUCAUCAAGGAUUGGAAGACUGGUGACUCCCUCCAGUACGGCUUUGUAGAAUUUGCUGACGUUGAACACUGCAAAGAAGCCUUCUUCAAAAUGCAAGACGCACUCAUCGAUGAUCGCCGAAUCCAUGUCAGCUUCUGCCAGUCGGUCCAAUGGAGGAAACAUAGGUCAACCGUCACCGAUAGGCCUCCCGUCACCGAUAGGCCCGUCACUGAUAGGCCUCCCGUCACCGAUAGGCCCGUCACCGAUAGGCCUCCCGUUACUGAUAGGCCUCCCGUCACUGAUAGGCCCGUCACUGGUAGCCCCGUCACCCACCAUGCGGAAGAUCACGGUCGUGACCACGGCAACGACCGCAAAGAUCGUAACGACCGAGAAUGCUUUAAGAAGGACCUCAAGGAACACGCCAGGAACGCCGCCGGGUACCGGAAGGAAGAUAGGUACAAUGAUGAGGGUUAUCGCGACAAUCAUCACCGCGAUGAUGAGUACCAUCGGGACUACGAUCAUCGGGAUAUUUAUCGCUCGGAUUAUCGUCGCAGGAAUGGUGAUUAUCGCGGGCGUGAUGAUCGCCAUAGAGGCCCAUAUGCGUGUGAGCACGACUAUCGGGUAUCGCAUAGCCGAAGUCGUUCCGGCCGUGUGGCUGAUCGGGACGAAGGAAGACCGCGAUAA